AUGAAAGAUUGUUAUUUAUUUAAAAAAACGUUUUCCAAAAUUAAAAAAGAAGGAUUAAAAAAUAAAAAAAUUAUAAGAUUCAAACUUUUAUAUAUAUUGAUGACUAGCUUACACUAUCCCGUUUAUUAA